AUGCAAAUAAUUUGUGGUCAGGAUUCUUUCAAGAAUGCAUCUUCUUCGAUUUGGUGGAGAGAUAUUUUAAAGGUUAGUAAUGUGUCUUAUAAUCCUUUAACUAUUGAUCCCAUAGUUUCGAAUUGCAAAUUCAUAGUAGGAAAUGGUUUUAAUACCCCGUUUUGGGAAUCAUGUUGGUGGAAUAAUGGUAUUUUAAAGGAGGUUUUUCCGGACCUUUUUUUAGCUUCUUCUUUAAAAAAGGUUUCGGUGGCGGUUAUGGGAGGGUUGAGUAAUGGGAGUUGGAAAUGGGGGGAUCUUGGAAUUUCGGUUGUUGGAAGGGAUUCGGUUUUUUUAAAUUCCUUUUCGGUGUUGAAGGAUAUAUUAGAUAAUUUUGGUAGUUUAAAUGAUGCUAAGGAUUAUACGGUUUGGUUGUUGGAUAUGGAAAAAGGUUACACGGUUGCCUCUUGUUACGGUUCAUAUGCUUCUAGGCGAAUUCCUUUCGGUCCUCCGAUUAAGGGUGAGGAAGCUUUCAAUUUGAUUUGGAAAGCGGAAGUUCCGUUCAAGAUAAAAGCGUUUGGUUGGAGGCUAUUUUUGAAUAGAUUACCUACUAAAGAUUUGUUGGUGUAUAGAGGUAUGAAUUUUACAAAUGCUAAUUUAAAUUGUGUUUUUUGUGAUUCUCAUGUGGAAGAGGCAGAUCAUUUGUUUUUUAAAUGCAUAGUGAUAAAGUUGGUUUGGAAGGAAAUUGCUUCGUGGGUGGGAUUUUCGGGUUGGGAGGAGGAAGAAUGUAUCCCUUUUUUCGUGGAAUGGCAUUCUUUGAGCCGCUGUACAAAGGUUAAAAGCGGCAAAUUGGGGGUGUUUUGGUUAGCCACAACUUGGAUUGUAUGGUUGACAAGGAAUGGUAUUUGUUUUAAGAAUGAAGUGUGGAAUAUAAAUAAUAUGGUUUGGAGCAUUAAAUUUUUGGUUUGGAGGUGGUCUUCUUAUGGAAAUAUUACUCAUUCCAAUUGUUGUUUUUACGAUUUUUACAAAGACCCAUUGUCUUUUAUGUCGUAA